AUGGAGGAUACUACCAACGAGCAGCCAGCCAAGAAAAUCAAGAAGAACCCACUUCUCGCUCAAGCCAGCGCAGCAGCCUCCCACACGUAUAUUGCGCCCGCUGCUGCACCUUCUGAACCUCGCCGUAGUGGUCGCGUUCGGCAGACUAUACAGAGAGCUUCAGAGUCAAAGAAGAAGCUGAAUCCAGCAGAGAAGAAGCAGAUCAAGAACGACGAGGAAGUCGCACGCCGUUUGGAGGAAGAGCAAGAAAACCAGCUUCGCGCGAACAAAGGCAGUCAUGCACAGUCUCUGUCUCUGAAUUCCGGCAGUGAAACUCAGCAGGAUCCGGAUCUGGUGGUUGCUCAAGCACUCUUAGGGUUGAGGAACGGUUGGAUCAUUGUAGGAGAAGGUGACCUGCGAAUGAACAACAAUCCCUCUGAGUCCACGGAGUCCGGUGAUCCAAGAAAGAUUCAACAGAUCCGACUCACUCAGCACACUCAGCAGACACAAAAUGCGCCAAAGAGAGGCAAGAACGCGCCCAAAAAGACUAUUGGAGAUCGUCCCCUUGCUGCCGGAAUCGAUCGCACAAACGCAGCCCCUGGAGUCGUCGACAGAGGCAAGUUGAAGAUUAGAUUCAAUACCGAACGAGAUGAUCCCGAGCGUGAGGGUAGGGUUAUUCCUGGUGAUCCGGUCGAGUAUGAUUACCUCGAAAAUCACGCCGAGCCGGACUGGAAUAAUGUGGAGGAAAUUCGAACCCUUAACACCUGGCGCCGACAAAUCUUUGGCCGCAACUUUGCACCGAUUCGGAAGACCAGAGAACUAUGGCUGCAGUCUGAGAAGGACCUUAUCUUGAAGUUGAUGCGCGAGCAACUCGAACAGCGGGGAUUCAUGCAAUGGAACCGGCUUUCUAACCGCUACAACCUCCAGAUGCACUUGGCUAAUGUGGUCCAGGGCCGGGGCCAGGAGUUUAUCAAGCAUGGAAACCGCAACACUUCAGUUUUGAGAGAAGACAGGGAGGCUCCCUUUAGAUCUAAGCAAGCCAUCAUGGGACAGUCUAUCAAAUGGCCGGAGUAUGGUGACCUUGUCGCCAGCUUCCAGCCUUCCGCAAGUGAUGGCGAUGAGAAUGGCCAAGACAAUGACAACUCCCCUGGAUUGUACUCUGAUGAUGAAGAGGAGAUCCCUGAUCCUCAACCAGGACCCAGAUCUGAUGUCAUCGGUUGGAGAGCCAAGGCUAAAGCACGCAGUGCCCUGUCCAAGACUUCCAACAUGAACACUCCCUCGAACACUUCAUCGAUGACUGCCCCGAAAAUCACCUUGCAGAUCAAGACGUCUACCUCGAAGGCCACCACCUCGAUGGCAGAUACGGCCGGUAGCAAUGUCAUGACACGUAGUGGUGGAAAGCGAACAAGACACUAUGUCGAGGAGGAGGAGAAGGAAGAACUCGAGCUGUCGUCAGAUGACAGUGAGGAGGAUAUCCCGGCCAAAGUGCGUCCUUCUAAGCGUGCGAAAAAGCGGGGAAGCAACAAAGGUAGCAGAAAGUGGGACGACAAAGACGAUGGGCCAAUGUUCCCUGGCCUCAAAUAGGAGGUUCGCAUGUCAUCUGAGGGAUUGAAAUGCAUUUAGGGGGAGGCGCAUAUGGAAGGAGCUGUUGGAGGAAGCAAGGUGAAUAUUGGUGGUUGUUUGGAUCACCUAAUACUUGUAUGGACUAGACUAUCAGAGCGAAGGAAGCAGCAGGAAGACGAUUGGUCAGAUAGGCCGAUCAGACAGAUAGAUUUUUCUUUUUCGUUCCAGUGCGUCAAGCAGUUCUUGACAAUAAUAAAUGCG